GUAUGUACUAGGGAAUGUGAGUUACACGUCGUCAUACCAGCGCUGGACAGCUCUUUCGGCAUUACCAGGAGUGCGGCAUAGUUGCACCAACCGCUGCGCGAGUGUCGUCCACGCAUACAAGUUCAUUACCACAGAGUACGAAACACUUGGUAGCAAAUGAGAAGCGACAUGCUGGAGAUGAGCAACGAAAUCCAACGACUCGGAAUUGUGACGGCUCUGCUGGUUCUUUGUUCGGGAAGUGUGGCAAGUGAACAUUACAGGCGCGUGUGCUACUACGGUCCAGUACAUCACGUUGAACCUGACUUUAACGACCUGGACCUCAAGCUGUGCACACACAUCAUAUACGGGUUCUCCAAGGUUGGCGACGAUAAUGCACUGGUUGCUGCGAAUCCGAAAGACGAGGGCCGUUACAGAGAUUUCAACAGGCACGUGCAGAACUAUAAUAAAGGAAAAGAAGAAGCUUUGCAAGUAAAGACGCUCUUGUGUGUCAGCAAAGGUGCUUUCCCCACCAUGGUCGCAACUUCGGAGAACAGAACAACUUUCAUCCAGUCAGCUUUACAGAAACUGAAGGACUGGGGAGAUUUCGGAGGCUUGGACGUGGACUGGGAGUUUCCAAACAUGAUGGAUAAUCACCCCGAGGAGAAAGAAAAUUUUAAAGAAUUCCUGGAGAUGGCGAAACGGUCGAACGCGGCGUUGCAGACGACAUCGAAACCAAGUGAAGAAGUGGAACUGAAUGCAGAGUCGGGGUACUCCGCAACGCCGAGUUCGACCGUUUCGCCAUCUGACGGAAAGAAGCUGAAACACAGGAAUAGCUGA